AUGAGCACCAUGCUGCAAGGCUGCUCGGACGCGUCCGUGGUGGAGGAGCUCUUGGGGGAGCUCGACUGGCAGGGGCUGACGCCCAACCUGGAGGUGCUCACGAGCAUGCUCGGCUGCCUCCGACGCGCGGGCGCCGUGACGAACAAGACCUGGGAGGUGCUCAAGCUGGCCAAGAGCUGCGAGCUGAAAUUGGAUUGCCAGUUCCUCGUCCAGGCUCCGAAGCUCCCGGUGGUGACGGCGCUUGGCUUCGCGAACGAUACAGGUGCCGUGGUUCUUCUCAUGGAGAGUGUCCGCGAGGUCUACAAGGUGGAGCCCGACGUCUUCCUCUACACUGCCGCCAUCGCGCAAUGCGCCCGAGCCGGCGACGUCGCCGGCGCCGAGACCAUCAUAAGCCUGAUGCAGAGAAGCGAGGUGGAGCCCAACGAGCACACCCACUGCGCUAUCAUCGCGGUCUAUAGUAAGGCUGGCAAACUGCUGGAGGCCGUCAGACAUUUCCAGGAGGCCAACGAGAAGGUGGCACUGCCUAUCGAGGGCUACACGAGCAUCCUCUCCGGCUGCCGGGCCGCCCUGGACAACCGCUGCGCGCUGCAGAUCCUGAAGCUCGGCUUCGAAGAGACAGGGCUCCAGGGCCCCGUGAAGUCUGCGUGCUACACGCUUGCCCGGCAGUCCUGCGCCUUAGCCGGGGACGAGGCCGGCGCCGCCAAAGUGGACAAGUGGCAGAAGCGAGACGGUGUGGUCACCCACGUCCCCACGAGCACAGUGGAUGACCCUUCCACUGGGGAACGGCUGCCUUUCCAGGACAACCCGGUUUCUUACAGGGACUCAGGAAGGCUUCGUUGCGAUCACAGGGGUUCCUACAAGCCGCAGCUCUGGCAGUACGAUCCGGAGAUUUCCCAGGAGGAGCGCGAGGACCGGCUGCAGUUCCACACCGAGAAGAAGGCCCUGGCCUGGGCGCUGAAGCACUUUCCCAAGGGCUCUAGCAUCACGGUGCGGAAGACCAUCCGGUGCUGCGUGGACUGCCACAACGCCUUCAAGGUGGCCUCGAAAGCCUAUGGCCGAACCCUCCGGAUCUUGGACCAGGCGGAGUGGUGUGAGCGUGUGGGUUGA